AUCGUUAUUGGUGUUAGGGAAAUAUUAAAAAGAAUUGCCAUAAGGGGCAUAGACAAAGACAUAGAUAGGACAAGGUUAAUAGUAGUUUCAGAAAAUAUUAUAGAAGGUACAUUCAAAAUGUUGCCCAAUUCAAAGUAGGUAGGUCUAAGGUUCGGGACGAAUGCGCCAAGCGUACCGCACGAGAGAGAUAGGAAACAAAAGAGAAAGAUACGCAUACAGUAGACCAGUAUAGAGCGGCACGGACAGCUACGAUUGAGGAUACUAUUUUUCAUUAAAACAAACACUACGCAAAUUUCGAAAAUAAGCGCUUACUAUAAAAAAGGCUUAUAAUAUUAUAACGAAGUCAUGGAACCUUGCGAAAACCGAUCACAAGAGAAAGUGCAAGAAGGAGAAUAUGGCUUCUUUUGGCAAGAUUAUCUUGAUGCUACAAACAGUGUUGAAGUACCACAAAUUAUGUUUCCACAUGUUGAGCUGACACUUCAAAGUGGUAUUGAAAUUGGCAUGUCCCUUGAGGUGCCAAUUCCAAAAAAUGCAGAUGAGGAAGACACCAAUUACUGGGUGGCUUCUAUUGUCAUGGCAUGUGGUCCUUUAUUACGUUUACGCUAUUUUGGUGGAGAUGAUAGAUCAUUGGAAUUUUGGUUCAACCUUACUAAGGAAGCUGCUCAUGAACUUGGUUGGUGUGUGAAAAAUAAUAAAAAAUUAGUACCAACUGAUAUUAUUCUUCAAAGAUCCCCAGACUGCGUAGAAAGAUUGUCUGAAUUUUUAACAACAGCCCGGAGUGUUCCAUCAGAAAUGUUAUCAGGAGAUGGUCUAAGCAUAACAGAGAGAAUCAAGCAAGGCAUGAAAGUUGAAGUUAGUGAUAUACUACAUCCAUAUAAAUUAUGGGUAGCCACGAUUAUAGAAAAUGUAGGAGGACGACUUUUAUUAAGAUAUGAUACUCCUGGAUCUUCACGUAAAGAUUUUUGGAUGUUCUGUACAUCAGAAUAUCUUCAUCCUUAUGGUUUUGCAUCUAAAUCUAAUUCUACUUGGUUUCUAGAACCACCCAGUUCUAUAGUAGAAAUGCAUACAUAUGAAGAAUGGAAAGAUUUAUUAGAGUCUAUACCAAAAAAUUAUGAUCUUCCAGAAGAAUUAUUUCAUAAUGCUGUAGAUCAUCCGAAACAUGAAUUUAAAGUUGGUAUGAAAUUAGAAGCAUUGAGCCCAAUUGAUCAGAUAAAAAUAUGCCCAGCUACUGUUAUAAAAGUAUUUGAUGACACCUAUUUCCUUGUACAUAUUGAUACAUAUGAUGAGUUGUCAAAGGGAAUGGAUAUUGAAAACUGUAUGUACAACAGUACAGAGAAAAACACUUGGCUUUGUACAGCAGAACAUCCAUAUAUAUUUCCAGUUGGAUGGGCAAAACAACAUAAUAUCAAAAUUGUGCAUCCAAAUGGUUGGACUCCAAAAGAAGACGAAUUUGAUUGGGACGAAUAUUUAAAAGAUACCCAAGCAACUGCUGCAGAAGAAAAAUUAUUUCCAGAAAGACAAAGUGCCACUGAUGCACGCUUUGAAUGUAGUAUGCGGUUAGAAGCAGUUGAUCCAGAAUGUGAAAAUGUCAUAUGUGCCGCACAUAUUACAAAAAUUGUUGACAAUCUUUUAUGGUUAAAGUUAGAUAAUUACGAAAAUACAAAACCAGAACAUAUAGUCGAUAUGUAUUCCUUACAAAUAUUUCCUGUUGGAUGGUGUGAAUCUAAUCAUUAUCCAUUGAAACCACCAAAAGAUUAUAUGGAAGUUUGUAAACAAUUGCAAAUGCCCGUGAAGGAAGAAAAAAAGACUAACAUUCUAGAUAUACCAAUAUCUGAACCACGUUCUUCACUUUGGUGUCCAAAGAUAUAUUUUAAUUAUCGUUGUUUCACAGGCCCUAUGAUUUCUAAAGGGAAAUUAGCAACCCUACCAAAAGCAGUAGGACCUGGCCCUGUAAUUUUAGUUAUGAGAGAAGUUUUAUCAAUGAUCGUAUCUGUAGGAUAUAGAAGUGCUCGGAUAUUAAAGGUCCUUCAAUGUGAUUCUAAACCAGAUCCAGGAUACCAUUUAGAAGUUUUAAAAGCCAAACAUAAAAAUAAUACAUAUCGUGCCAGUGUUGCCGUAGUUACAUCCGGAGAUAUGGUGGCUGAUUUUUGCAGAAAUAUUUGCAAAAAGUUAAUGGUAUGUCCAAAUUUAUUUGGUCCCUUGUAUGUACCUGAAAAUGAAUGUCCGGAUAAGUGCCACAAAACAUCAAAAGCAAAAUUUACAGCAUCUGUUGGUACUGGACGAAGAGGUAAGCCAAAGGGUUAUACGAGUAUUAUGGUACAAAAACCAAAACCAUGGGGUGGUAGGCGAAAAAGGAGACGAGGAAGAUGGGCAAACAGAGAAAAAGAGACUCAUGAAGAUUUCGAGCAAGAAGAUGAAAUGCCAUUUAUGUCAUUAGAUUUAGCCAAACACGUAUCAGGGCUUGAAGAAACGCUCGAUGGAAGACCACCACUUUCUGAGAUAGAUAUCAUGAUCCAGAAAGGUUUAGAGAAAGGAGAAAAAUCAGAUGAAUUUAAAACUGAGCCACCUUCAAGCAACGCAUCGGAUGAUUCUGGAAGUUCAUUUAACGAUAAUAGGAAGAUGAAAGACAGAGGAAGUCCUAAUAGCUUAAAUAAUAAACAGCAUUCAUCAAAAUUUAGCCAAAGUUCCACUGUUACUAGAGCAAGUAAGAGAGAACGAGAUUGGGAUACAAGUAUUGAAUCUGAUGGCUCAGAUGGAGAAUCAGAAUAUGUAAGGAUGCAGAAGAAACAAAGGCGUCCAAAAACGCGGAAACUUGAUUCGAAUCCAUUAUUUUGGAGUGUAGAUGAUGUCUUCAGAUACUUAAGAAAAACGAAUGAUUGCAAAGACAUUGCAUACCGAGUGAAACAAGAGGAAAUUGAUGGGCUAGCAUUUUUACUAUUAAAUCUACCGUCUCUUACACAACACAUGAAGUUGCGAACGAGUUUAGCUAUGAAACUUUGUCGGCACGUUGAACAAGUUAAAGUCACGUUCUUUUUACGACAUAUAAAUGAAGUAGAACCAGAACAGUAUCAAAUUGUAUAAUUUUAAUAACUAGGAAAAUUCAAUUUAUUGUAUUAUUUAUAUAGUGUAAUAUAGUGUAUCAUGAAACAAGAGGAAAACAAUUUCUAGAUCUUAAAUGUAUAAAUAAUUACAAACUGAUUUUUAAUUUAUACAAACAUGCAAGACUGCAUUACUUUUAAAUAAAUUUUAAAUAGAUAUACAAUGUAUUUAAUUAUACUGUUGUAUAUUUAAAUUAUUUUUAUUAUAUCAUGUUUUUUAAUGAAAUUAAAUAUUACUAAUUAAACUGACUAAUCAGAAAAGUACCUAAGACGCAAACACGUAUUAAGGCUUAUUCUUUAUUUUCAAAUUGUACAAAAUCAGUAUGAAGAAGAUUGGACGAUCUUUUUCUAUUAUUAAUCCUACUAUUAUUAGCGUUUAUAUAAUAUAUAUUCAUUAAAUUUUUAUUUUGUAAAUUGAUAAUAAAGCAAUAAAUUUACAAUCGCAAGGAAA